AUGGAAGUGACUGAAAACAAACCAAAUGUGGCCUCCAAAAAGAGAUGCAUUUGUGCACCACCAACGGCAACAAGCCGUGCUGGCUCAUUCAGGUGCCAUCUCCAUCGAACUACGGAGCAAAAGUCAGAGGAAAACCACAGUGACAAGGAUGGAAGUUGUGAAAAUCUUGAGUUCGUGAAGAUGACCAUGCAUCGCAAGUUAUCCUACAACAAACCUCAGUUGUCAAGGUUUGGCAGGGCUGCUGCUUUUAGCUUGAAAUUACAAUCAAGCUGGGUGCCCGCUGGACCUGCUCAGUCCAAGGUUUCUUUACGUGAUUUGGAUUGUAAAUUUAGAUCUGAGGACCCGACCAUGCCUCACUAA